AUGGAGUUUGAAGAAUUAGUGAAGUGCUAUGAAAUUGAGGACAAGUGGUGUAGUGAGGGAUACGUGGCAACAUUUGAUGAGUAUAUGACUACUAGGUUGAUCACCGGCGGUAAUUUGCUCCUUGGACCUUUGUCCGUAUUAGGCAUGGGAAAAUUUUAUACUAUUGAGGCAUUUGAAUGGUUGCACAACAGACCCAAAGUUUUUGUUGCAUCAAGCAUAAUUGGGCUGCUCAUGAACGACAUUGCGAGCCAUGAGGUAUGA